GAGAUGUAAAUGGUGACAAUGACGUUUGACACACUUCUGUUUUUUAUAUUUUAGCUAUUAAUUUGCAAGAGGCAACUACAUAAAAGAAGCCGGAAACACGCUAAACCUCUGAGAAACAUUAUUACAGCGCUAUCGUAAUGAGCAAACAAGUGGAUGUCAAGGCGUUAGUGUCACACGUAGUCCGCGGCGACGGUGUGCAAAGAUGUAGAAUAUGUAUGGGAGAUACAUCCGAAGGGCAAGUUCAUUUAGAAGAUACGGUGAUGAUGGACGGAGAUAAACCCAUCACAUUAUCAGAAUUACUAGAAACAGUCACCGGAGUUCAGGUGGUGCUCGAGGGGGACCUGCCUCCUGGAGUGUGUCCGGCCUGUCUCAUGUGUGCUCUGAGUGCUGCAGAGUUCCGAUCCCUGUGCCAGCAGGCCGCCAGCCAAUGGGAACUGACCGUGGAACUCCUGAAUGGCCUCACCUCACAAUGUGAUGGAGAGAAGACUAUAUUUGCAUUAUUAGAAAAAAGCCAAAUGAUUGUCAUCAAAGAUAACACUUGCAUCAAAACUAUGAAUAUAGUCGACAGAUUGAAUGAGCACUUGACUGAACCAAAGAAGGCCGAGUCUCCCAUAUCCUGCUCUUGCCCAAACUGCGGCAAGCAGUUCCAAUAUGCCCAUCAGUUGAGCCACCAUUUGAAAGAAUCCAUGGAUAUGCAACGGGCUUGUUAUAUUUGUGCCAAAAUCAUGUCCCGAAGUGAAUUAAUCCAACACAUGCAUCAGGUACAUGACAAGGAAUCAUUUGAUUGUAAGAAGUGCCCGGCAGUUCUGUGCUCCUACAGCCAGUACAAGCUACAUUUGGCCAAAUCACAUUUCCAUACAGCGUGUAUGUGUGUCGAAUGUGGACGCAGCUUCCAAACUCAGAACGCGUUCCACGCUCACGUGUCCGUCCACCGACCUCAAACCUGCCCGAGCUGUAACAAGCUGUUCCGCAACCAAACCUGUUACGUUCAUCACGUGAAAUGGUGCUGCAAUCUGGACAAGAAUAGAGAGGACACCUUCAAAACCAAGACCAAAGUGACCGUGGAAGUGAAAAACGAAGUCAGCAAGCGGAAGAUCAAAGUUGGUCUACGGGGGAGCGCAAACCAGCAGUGCAUAUGCGACUACUGCGGCAAGAAGUUCGCUGGGAAGAAGUUCGUCGCUGCUCACAUCCAGAUAGUUCACAUGAAGAACACACACCGACCUUGUGUUUAUUGCGGCAAGUUGCUGGCGGCGGCACACAUGUCGGAGCACGUGAAGUAUCACGAGGAGGACAGGUCGUUCACCUGUCAGCAUUGCGGCGUGGUGCUUAAAACUAGGCUGGGCUACACGCAGCACAUACGCCUGCACACCGGUGAAAGGCCGUACGCCUGCAAAUUCUGCGGUCAAACUUUCUCAGCGUCCUCGCGAAGAUCGGAACAUAUACGUAAAGCGCACAAGAGCUCUGACAUCGUGUUGAAACACGCCUGUCAAUACUGUCCAGCGAGGUUCCGUCUUCCGUACCGACUGAAGAAGCACCUGGUAGCUGUUCACAACAACGAAGACCAAAGCUUGGAUUACGAGUGCGCUGAGUGCCACGAAAAGUUCGGAUCCUGUCGUGGUCUCUUGCAUCACAGCCGGAAACACCAAAACGUGAAAUUCCUGCCAAAGAGAAAGGAGAGAUGUGUCUUUAAAGUCUUCAGCGAUGUGAACAGAAAAGAUGUGGUGCUGGAGGAAUGGGAACUGCCACGAGGGUUGUGCUGCGAUUGUUCCGAAACCGCCCUCACAGCAUAUCAGUUCAGGCAGCUUUGCAAACAGUCCGACAACCAUUGGAGGAGGUCCAUGGAAGUCAUAAACAAAGCCACACUGAUACCGCGCGACCAUAAAACCUUGUAUAUAUCGUACGCAGACGAAGUUGUAUAUAAAGAUGAUGGGAUAACGAAUUCAGCGAUGGCGGCCGCCAGACUUAAUGCCAUCAGGAAAGGUGCUAACCGGCCGAGAUACAAGAAGCACGUGAAAAUUAGCGGUGAAACGAAAUGCCGCGAUUGUGGCAAAAAAUUCCCUCUACCAUACUACCUGAACAGACAUCUGAAAAGCACACCAAAGCGGGCCUGCACUCAGUGUGGCGAGGUGAUGCUUAAGGAGAAACUGGCUAGGCAUUUGGAAACUAUACACCAGAUACAUGUUUUUUACUGCGACAUCUGUCACCAGCUGUUCAAUGACUUAUGCGGUUUGGGGCGACACAGGGAGGUUUAUCACAGAGAUAGCGCAUUGGAAUGCAAGGUGUGCAGGAACGGCUUCACCAGCGACAGAUCGCUGGCGGCUCACAUGUACUCGCACACAUUAUUUAACUGCUCGUCCUGCAACAGAGCGUUCGAGAAUCGCAAGUGCUAUAUUUACCAUAAAAGCGAAUGCACCGGAAGGAAGUCCUACACCCAGAACCUUUAUGAAUGUCAUGAUUGUGGUAGCAAAUACACCAAGAAACCCUCGCUGAGGAUACAUAUAGUGCAGAAACAUCUGAAUGUCCUGCCGUUUGUCUGCCAGACUUGCGGGAAGAGGUGUUCCACUAGGAACCAUUUGAGGUCUCAUGAGCUGGUUCACAAGACCGAGAGACAGGUCUACGAGUGUUACUGCGGUGCAAAAAUGCGAUCGGCUCUCGGCUUUGAGAUGCACCAGAGGAUUCAUUCGGGGGAGAAGCGAUAUGUUUGCGAGGAGUGUGGAGACAGGUUCCUCUCGGCCUCGAGGAGGUUGGACCACGUCAAGAGGAAGCACAGAUCUAAAGAGUUAGCCCACGGCUGCGACAAAUGCGAUGCCAAAUUCCUGAGAGAGGAGCUUUACGUACCCAAGGGUAUCUGCAUCGGGUGCUCCAGUGUGGCGAUCUCGGCCUUCGAGUUCCGGAUAUUCACCAGGAACUCGGUCAGUCUGUGGAGGAACUGCAUCAACACCAUAGACACGUUGCCGAAAAUGUCAUGCAAUAAGUCCGUAUACGCCAUCCUGAGGGGAAAUAUGUCGCUGCAGGCGGUGAACAGCUUCAACGGCGGGAAGACGGAGCUGGUGGAACAUCUCUCGAACCGUCUGACCAAGAAGAAACCUUUAGUAGUGGAGAAGAAGCCGAGACAUCCCAGAACGGGGCCGGCCUGCACUUGUGUCGACUGCGGAAAGGCGUUCCUAAGUCCUUACUACUUGAAUCUACAUUUGCGCAACAGCGGACAGAAGGAGGCCUGCUGGCUGUGCGGGGCCAUGGUGGUCAGGGGCAGAGAGAUGAAGGAGCAUUUGUCAACAAUACACAAGACUGAUAUGAUUCUAUGUCCGGAUUGUCCCACGUUGUUGAAAAGCGAACAGGAAUGCAAGAGGCAUCUCAAGAAGUGCCACGGCCCGGGGAAUUUGACGUGUGCGGACUGCGGCAGGACCUUCCAGAGGCAGACCUCCUUCGAGGUGCACACGCAGAUGCACACCGUCAGGACCUGCAGGGCCUGUGGCGCGCAGUUCACCAAUCGCGGCUGUUACAGAGAGCACAGAUCCAAAUGCGAACCGGACGCGAAGCCAGACAGGAAGUCGGUCCCGAGGAGCCGGAGGUCAAACGUCCGCGACCCGGCCACAUUCACGUGCGACUACUGCUCGAAGACGUACCACUCGCGGCCGCAGCUGAAGAAUCACAUAAUGUGGAUACACAUGGACGUGAGGCCGCAUCAGUGCCAGUGGUGCGGGAAGAGGUUCUACACGCCGGCGCGUCUGGCCGAGCACAUGGUGGUUCAUACGAGGGUUAGAAACUUCGAGUGUGACAUCUGCGGUGCGAAACUGGUCUCCAAGAUGGCGGCCGUGUAUCACAGGCGAAGACAUACGGGGGAGAGACCCUACGAGUGUCCGGAUUGUGGGGAGAGGUUCAUAUCGUCGUCCAGGAGGUCGGAGCACGCCAAGAGGAGGCACAACAGAGGUCUCAGGUUCCAAUGCCCCCACUGUCACGCCUCGUUCGUCAGGAGCCACGAGCUGAAGAAGCACACAGACAAAGUCCACAACACGGACGAGCUGAGAGUUAAGAAAGACAAGAACUGCUUAGAGAAAGUUUGAAUGGAACUUAACAAGAGGUCAAAGACCGCCGACAGCAAUUAUGUAACAGGAAAAAUAAUUUUUUACAAUACACUAUAUUUUUUUU